UUCAAACACUUCUACGGCCUGACCGAACUCUAACUCCUCCCUUCCUCUCGUUUUAUAAACUACCUCACGAUGCGCGUCGGUACUUUCUUUGCCGCCGCUGUGUUGUUAGUGACCUCGGUGUUUGCUGUUGAAGUCGCACCCAUGGAUGAAGUUGAAGUAGAGGAGAUGGACACUCAGCCGGAUCCUGAGGUUCUUGUCGUUGCCUCUUUCCCCGAGAGCAACCCUUUCGGUCAUGUCGUCAAUGGCGAGCGAAACCAGAUGUGGUUGAACAUCGAGAACAAUCUUGGGAAGAAUGUCACCCUCUUGACUGCUGCAGGCGAGUUCCGGUACCCAGACUCGGACAAGACUCUCAAAACGCUCAGUAAUCUGACAUAUGGCAUCAAUCUCAUGGAAGGAGCAAAAAUUCGUCUUCCUUACAGCUUCCACAGCGAAUUCAAGCCGGGAGAUUUAAAGCUCAACCUUUGGGUCCAACAUGAGGCCGAGGGCAACACGUACAUCGUCCCCGCGUUCGAUGGCAUCGUGACAGUGGUAGAACCUGAACUGUCCGUCUUCGAUCUCAAAAUGCUUUCGACCUACGCCACGGUACUUGCUCUGCUUAGUGGCCUGGGCUACAUUGCUUAUCAGACAUACGUCCCCCAAACUACCCGUAAGCCACGUAAAGAGGCCGUAUCUGCCCCUGUUGGUCCUGUCACGGCUAGUGGUGCUGGAGGAUAUCAGGAGGAGUGGAUCCCAGAGCACCACAGGAAGAGGGCGGCGAAGAAGGGUGCAGUGAGCAGUGGAGAUGAGCUGAGUGGAGCAGAGACGAGUGGUACUGAGGGCAAGAGGAGGAAGGGCAAGAAGUAAAAGCACUAGCCUCGACAGCAUUCUGGAUUCUAGUGUUCUUGAAUUUGCUUAAUCGUGUAGUGUUCGUGAGCAUAUGAUGAUAUAAUGUCCCAAUCACCAUAGGUUUUGGCAAAGCACAGAUGUGCCAUGAUUGCG